UUUUCUCUUUCCUUCAUCAAGACCCAAUCUCUCUUUCAUUUUUCCUGAAACCAGAGCUCUAGCUCCCUCUUGUUUUCUCUUUUAUGGAAGGACUCAUACCCUAACCCCUACUCCUUCUUUCUCCUACUUUCAUUUUCAUUUGAAAGGAGUUGAAUUUUCCCACAAAUAUGAGACCUUUGUUUGCUUCAGGAGCUUUCUUUUCUCGCCUUAUUCUCAUAUUUCUUGUCUCCUUUGAAGCUGCUGUUGUGUCUUCUUCAAACAACAGGGAUUCUCAGCUACUUCUCAGCUUCAAAACCAGCUUGCCCGACCAAUCUGUUCUUCAAAACUGGGUUCCUAACCAAGACCCUUGUAGCUUCAAUGGUGUUACGUGCCAAGGCUCCAGAGUUUCCUCUAUUGAACUCAGUUACACCUCCAUAAACACGGAUUUUCACUCUGUUGCUGCCUUUAUUUUAGCUCUGGAAAACUUGGAAUCCCUUUCUUUGUUGAAAGCCGGAAUCACUGGCAACAUUUCUUUCCCUUCUGGAUCCAAGUGCAGCUCCCUGUUAACCGCUUUAGAUCUAUCUCAAAACACCUUGUCCGGUCCCGUUUCAACCGUUUCCGCCUUGGGUUCUUGCUCGAACUUGAAGUUUCUCAAUCUGUCAACCAACAGCCUCGUGUCUUCUGGUGGUGAAGAAUCCAAGGGUUUGCAGUUGAGUUUGGAAGUUCUCGAUCUUUCUUUCAACAAGCUUUCUGCUGGAAACUUUGUUCCUUGGAUCCUUCAUGGUGGUUGCAACGAGUUGAAGCGCUUGGCUUUGAAAGGAAACGAGAUUGCUGGUGAAAUAGAUGUUUCAAAUUGCAGAAAAUUGAAGAUUUUGGAUGUUUCUUGGAACAAUUUCUCAAUGGGGACUCCUUUAUUUGGAGGCUGCUCAGCUUUGGAACACCUUGAUAUCUCAGCCAAUAAGUUCUCCUUCGACAUUACCCCUGCGAUUUCUUCGUGCGUGAACUUAAAUUUCUUGAAUCUAUCAAACAACCAGUUCUCCGGUCGGAUUCCAGCUUUGCCGACUUCCAAGUUGCAGUAUCUUUAUUUGGCCGACAAUAAGUUUCAAGGACAGGUUCCUCUGUAUCUAACGGAAGCUUGUUCAAGCCUUGUGGAGCUGGAUCUUUCUUCAAACAAUCUUUCUGGUACGAUUCCUAGUGGCUUUGCUUCUUGUUUGUCCUUGGAGUCUUUCGAUGUAUCCACCAACAACUUCACCGGUAAACUCCCCAUUGAGAUAUUCCAGAACAUGAGUUCCUUGAAGAAGCUUGGUUUAGCUUUUAAUUACUUCUCGGGUCCUUUGCCUGAGUCUUUGUCCAGUCUUUUCAACCUGGAGGUUUUAGAUCUCAGUUCCAACAAAUUUUCAGGGUCAAUCCCUGUUUCUUUGUGUGAAAAUCCCACAAACAGGUUACAAGUUCUUUAUUUGCAGAACAAUAUCUUAACUGGGUCGGUUCCUGCUAGUCUCAGUAAUUGUUCUCAGCUUGUUUCACUCCAUUUGAGUUUCAAUUACCUCACGGGUACCAUCCCCACCAGCUUGGGCGCUCUCUCCAAGCUUAAGGAUUUGAGGCUUUGGUUGAAUCAGCUCCAUGGAGAAAUCCCUCAGGAGCUAAGUAACAUUCAGACACUUGAGACCUUGAUUCUCGACUUCAAUGAGUUGAGUGGAGCAAUACCUUCUGGUCUAAGCAACUGUACCAAGUUGAACUGGAUUUCUUUUUCCAACAAUAGGUUCACCGGUGAGAUUCCAGCUUCGCUUGGAAAACUUUCGAGUCUUGCGAUUCUCAAGCUCAGCAAUAACUCCUUCUAUGGAAGAAUCCCACCUGAGCUCGGAGAUUGUCAAAGCUUGAUAUGGUUGGAUCUUAAUACAAAUUACUUGAAUGGAACUAUCCCUCCGGUGCUCUUCAAACAAUCUGGUAAAAUAGCUGUCAAUUUCAUUGCCGGGAAGAGGUAUAUGUAUGCCAAGAAUGAUGGAAGCAAAGAGUGCCAUGGGUCGGGAAAUCUACUCGAAUUCGCCGGAAUCCGUCAGGAACAGUUGGGUAGAAUUUCCAGCAGGAACCCUUGCAACUUUACCAGAGUGUACGGAGGUCACACGCAGCCUACGUUCAACGAUAAUGGUUCCAUGAUUUUUCUUGAUCUUUCAUACAAUUUGCUUUCGGGGGCUAUUCCGAAGGAGAUUGGCACAAUGCCAUAUCUAUUCAUCUUGAAUUUGGGUCACAACAAUAUCUCCGGAAUCAUCCCACAAGAGAUUGGCAACUUAAAGGGCCUUGGCAUUCUUGAUCUUUCCUACAACAGGUUGGAAGGGUCAAUUCCACAAUCCAUGACCGGCUGCACGUUGCUGAGUGAGAUUAAUCUGUCCAACAACCUUCUCUCUGGCAUGAUUCCGGAAACCGGUCAGCUGGAAACGUUUCCGGCUAGUGAUUUUUUUAAUAAUACAGGUCUCUGUGGGGUCCCUCUCUCCCCCUGUGAGAAUUCAGCGGCUUCUUCGGGUUCUGAGCAUCGAAAGUCUCAUCGCAGACAAGCCUCUCUUGCUGGGAGUGUGGCAAUGGGAUUGUUGUUCUCUCUUUUCUGCAUCUUUGGUGUGAUCAUAGCUAUUGUAGAGACUAAGAAAAGGAGGAAGAAACAGGAUUCUUCUCUUGAUGUUUAUAUGGACAGUCGUUCCCACUCCGGCACAGCAAAUACCAGCUGGAAGCUAACAGGUGCUAGAGAAGCAUUGAGCAUCAACCUGGCUACGUUUGAAAAGCCCCUUCGGAAACUCACCUUUGCUGAUCUUCUAGAAGCCACUAAUGGCUUCCAUGACGACAGCCUUAUCGGCUCUGGUGGUUUCGGUGAUGUUUACAAGGCCCAACUGAAAGAUGGGAGUGUUGUUGCUAUCAAGAAAUUGAUACAUAUCAGUGGACAAGGUGACCGAGAAUUCACAGCGGAAAUGGAAACCAUCGGGAAGAUCAAGCACCGGAACCUCGUUCCACUCUUGGGUUACUGUAAGGUGGGUGAAGAACGGCUUCUAGUUUACGAGUACAUGAUGUAUGGAAGCUUAGAGGAUGUUUUGCAUGGUCAAAAGAAGGCUGGGAUCAAACUGAAUUGGGCAGCAAGGAGAAGGAUAGCCAUUGGUGCUGCAAGAGGGUUGGCGUUUCUGCACCAUAACUGCAUUCCUCAUAUAAUUCACAGGGACAUGAAAUCGAGCAAUGUCCUGCUUGAUGAGAACUUGGAAGCCAGAGUUUCCGAUUUUGGGAUGGCAAGGCUUAUGAGUGCAAUGGAUACACAUUUGAGUGUCAGCACAUUAGCUGGCACCCCCGGCUAUGUUCCUCCAGAAUACUACCAGAGCUUCCGAUGUUCAACGAAGGGUGAUGUUUACAGUUACGGCGUUGUCUUGCUUGAGUUGCUAACGGGGAAAAGGCCUACAGACUCAGCCGAUUUCGGAGAUAACAAUCUUGUGGGAUGGGUGAAACAGCAUGCCAAGCUUAAAAUAAGUGACGUCUUUGAUCAGGAGCUGAUGAAAGAGGAUCCCAACCUCGAGAUAGAGCUUUUACAACACUUAAAGGUAGCUUGUGCUUGCUUGGACGAUCGUCAUUGGAGACGACCCACAAUGAUUCAAGUGAUGGCAAUGUUCAAGGAAAUACAAGCAGGGUCCGUACUCGACUCUCAAUCAACCAUUGUCACCGACGACAGAGGUUUUAACACAAUCGAAAUGGUAGACAUGACCAUUAAAGAAGUCCCUGAAGGUAGGUAAGCAGUAGAUGAAAAAACCGAAAUUUUCACGAGAAAUUCUUUUGCAGAUAAA